AGUCACCCAUUGGAGUUCUAACAAGACGCAUAUAAUUUUUUGCACUCUACUGAAAUUUUUGAAAACCAUAGGAACAACUGCAUUUCAACGUCUGUCAAUUAGUCGAAAAAAAUUAUAAAGCAUAAAGGAAUACAAAAAUUAUGAAAGUUUAAAAAAAGUGCAAAGAAUUUACGUGAAAAGACGAUGAAAAAUUUUCAACUUUGCUGGAUUAUCAUAUUUUCAGCCAUUUUUUUUCAACGAGCUUAUUCGGGUCCUGCAUCGACUGUAACUGAAGAUCCUGAUGACUGGGAAGACGACGAUGAUUCUUCUGAAGCUGAUGAUGAUGGUCGUGUUUAUAAAAAUCCUAGAAAUUUUCCAUCACCUGACUGUCCAAGGGAUGAAGAACAAGCAACCCUCUUAGGACAAAAGUGUCUCCGUAAAUGUAGUUCAAAUGAUGAUUGUAAGAGCAAAAAGAAAGUGUGCCUAUGUGACGGAUCUUGCGGUCGUUCAUGCAUUAAGCCGGAUCGUGAAUGUCCUGAACUUGAGCACCCUUCUUUGGGAACAGUCGUAAUGUCAGGCAAAACGUUUGGAUCAAGAGCUAGUUAUACUUGUAAUCACGGAUAUCAUGUUGUUGGACUUCAGACGAGGAUGUGUCAAGCUUACGGACAUUGGUCAGGAAGUGAACCAGCAUGUAAACAAAAUAUUUAUUGUUUGGCACCACCAACAAUAGAGCAUGCGCGACAUUCAGCAUUGCCAGAGCAAGCAACAUUCGAUUUGGACUCAACUGUUCAGUAUCAUUGUCAUCUUGGAUAUGCGACAGCUGGUUUUCCAAGAGCUAAGUGUUUAGCUAUUGAUGGUCAAGCAAGUUGGUACGGUCCUGACAUUUCAUGUGAACCUCGUUCGUGUGGACAGCCUGCAGAUCCAGCUCAUGGAUGGCAUGCCGGAGAAUGUUACACAUACGGAUGUCGAAUAACUUAUCAUUGUGGCGAUGGAUAUGAGCUUGUGGGAAAACAAGCAGCAGACUGUCAGGCUGAUGGAACAUGGUCUGCAAAGGAAAUUCCAACGUGUGUCUUGGUCACGGCUGUUCAAUGUCCAUUACCGGAUAAUCCGAGAAAUGGAAAAGCAAUUUACACGAGCGUCUCAUAUAACUCUGUUGUCAGUUAUGAGUGCCGAUAUGGAUAUACAUUACUUGGAGAGAGUUCAAGGCGCUGUGGUGCUGAUAAGAAAUGGAGUGGAAGUUUACCUCAAUGCAAGGAAAUUAAUUGUGGACAUCCAGGAACUUUGUAUAACGGUUGGUUGGAGAAUACUGAAACUGGUUUUGGACUCGGUGCAAGCGUUAUAUUUAGAUGUCAGCCUGAGAUGCUUCUGAUUGGAAAUACAUCAACUGUAUGCCAAAUUGAUGGUCGAUGGAGAUAUCCUUCACCUUUAUGCUUAGCACCUUGUGUUGUUCCGACUGUGUCGCAGGGAAUUGUAGUACCAAUUGAGAUUGAAGUCCCAGAUCAAAAUACAACGCAAGCCCCAAUGAGUAUGGGAAUAGUAAGUAGCAAAGUUCGGCAUGGGACCAUCCUUGAAGUCAUUUGUGAUGAGCAUUAUGAAUUUCCGUUGACAUCACUAUCGCCACCAACUUGUAAUAAUGGAACAUGGACAACAAUUCCAAGAUGUGUCCCAGCUCGAUGCAAAACUCUUCCAAAAGCUCCAAAAUUCGGCAUGGUAAUUUCACCAAAGACAGAACAUGGAAUGAAGGCAAGGUUUAGAUGUAAAGAUGGAUGGCAACUAGCGACUGUUGAAGGAAAACCAAUUAAUGAUUCUAGUGAGCAUGUUCUUACCUGUUCGUUCGGGAAUUGGACUGGCGAGUUUCCAAUUUGUCAAGAAGUUUACUGCCAAUAUCCUGGAAUGAUUGAUAACGGAAAAGUACUGCUAGUUGGAAAUAUGGGACUUUAUGAUUAUCGUCCGUAUGUCAAGAAGGUUAUCAACAAUAAGCAGAUUAUGUAUGACUGCGAUAAAGGAUAUGUCCUUGAAAAUGGGCCUUCUGGAGCUACUUGCAUUGGCGGGAAGUGGCAACCACCGGAACUUCCACAAUGCCUUCUUGGACAGCACCCAAGAUUGCGAUGGAACCGUAAGAAGCGCUCUAUUGACAUCAGAUUCGCACGGUCCAAGUUUUUACAGAAUCAUUACCGCAACAUAAAACGAAAGCACUUUGAUCAUCACAUGGUCGAUGACUUUGUAAAGAAAGCGUCAACCAGGAAAAAGCGAAGUUUAAAUUACUAUGACAAUGAUCAUUACAAUCAAAUAGAAUUAUUAAAUGACAUUGUUCGUGGAGGAACUAAAGAGAAGCGUAAACGUGAGAAUCGUGACUAUGCUGAAAUUGACCGAGCAUAUUCAAAGUAUUAUGAGAAGAUUAAGGCAAGAUAUAGGAAUUAUGUUAAAACUUUAUUUGCAAAUCAACGACCUAGAAAUUCACUGAUUAAUAACAGCUAUCCAAUGCAGCCAACUGGUGAAGAAGACAUGAGAAAUACAAAAAAGAUUCAAGUUCAGGACGGAAGAUGGUUUAAUAAUCCAGAAUAUAGAUAUAGAGCUAUUCAUAAAGCACGAUCAUUUAGUAAUGACUUACAAAGUGAAGAACCUGAUACAAUCCAACCAGUGGCUAUCCCAAAUAUCAAUGAUCAGACUAUCUCUGAGAAUCAAGAAGCUUUCAUACUCCCAAAUGUGAAUCUUUCAGCUGUGUCUAAUUAUUAUCCUUCGUACAGCUCAGGAAGUAACAGUUAUUACAGUAACAAUACUUAUUCAAAUUACUAUCCAGACAGAAACAUUGAAGAACCGCCAGAAAGAGAAUUAAAAAAGCAACAUAGCCCUGCUGAUUUAGCUGCAAAUAUUUAUGCUCAAUUACAGUCACAAAUUGUUCGAAAGAAAAGAGAAACAGAUGACGACGGUAAGGAUGAUGAUGCAGGAACAGGUGGAGGUAAAAAGAAGAAUCGAGGUCCAUGCGAGGCUCUACUCAAUGCUGAUCACAUGCAAAUUGAGAUUGUAAAGCAAGCAAAGAAUCCAAAUGAAAGUUUUGGACACGGAAUGGUGCUUAAGAUCACUUGUGAUAGUGGAUAUAACAGCAAUGUUCAAACAGCCAACUCAACUGUGAGGUGUAAUAAAGGAAAUUGGAAACCUGUUAAGCCUUCAUGCAGCUUAAGACCCUGCUUCGUGCCAUCAAUUGAGCAUGGAAAAUACUAUGAAAUGCCAGCAUCAGAUCCAAUCGUGGAGCAGAUUAGACCAACAACAAGUCCAUUGGUUCCGAUGGAUAAAAUAGACAGUGGAAUAUCGAUAGCUUUUCAAUGUGAUUCUGGAUAUAAUAUUCAGGGCGCCAACAGUAUUAAAUGUAUUGAUGGAAAUUGGUCGUCGCUUGGUCUUCCAGAAUGCUUACCAGCUCCUUGUGUGCUGCCAGAGAUAAUGCAUGCUGUUUAUCAAGGAGGUUAUCGUGAAGGUUUAACAAUAGCUCAUGGCUCACAUGUCAUGGUUCAAUGCGAGAAUGGAGCAGCUAAUACGAUUCCAGCAGUACAAAUGGACUGUGCAUUAGGUUCUCUUACUCCUCAAACUAUGAGUUGUAGCUAUACAGCAUCAAAGAAAAAUAGUGAGGAUGAAGAUCACAUGAAUUUUAUUAUUGAUGAUGGAAACUCGACAAGUUCUGAUGAGGAAGGAGAUUGUCCUCCACCAUCAAAGGAAGUGCUGAUCUUGAUUUAUAAGAACGAAGAUUUAAUUGAAAAUGAAGAAAUGAGUUCAUAUCCAUCUGGAACUGAAAUUUCGUUUAGUUGUAUUCCAAGCAUCACUGGUGAAAGAACAACCUGGAAAAUUAUCUGCGAACAAGGUCAUUGGAUUGGUCGAGCUCAUGAUUGUGAGGAUGAUGAGAGACUAUACAACACACCGUUGGCAAAUGGUUCCUGCUUAUUUAAGAAUACAGAUCCACAUGUCGUCAGUUUUUAUAAUGACUUGGAAAUAAGAGAAAAUUAUGUUGAAUUUCCCGCUGGAACAACAAUUAUCUCAAGAUGUGUGGAUAUUGGGAAAUACAUGAUGGUUGGCAGUAGUAAUCGAACAUGUAUCCGAAGCAGAUUUACUGGUCAAAAGCCUCAUUGUUAUGGCUUAAAUCAGGAAAAUGAUUAUGCAAUGGAAAAAGCUCCAACAAUUUUAUUUAGGCAUCAAAAUGGUCCCAUUGCUCAAAGUAAUGAUGGACGAUUGAUUGUUUAUCCUGGAACGACUUUACAUAUGGAGUGUCUGUGGAUGAGACGGUUUGGAACUCCAAAAUGGAAUGUUAGUCAAGAAUUCAGAAAGUACCCAGAAGGAUGGAAUACAGACGAAGGAAGAGAUUCACAGUUAGAAUACAGACUAAGCAUAUUCACAGCAGAAACUGGCGAUACUGGGAUUUAUUCAUGCCAUACACCAGCUCGUCAUACACAUUCUGUAGUCGUAGAAGUAAAAGCUGUCCAUUGUGGUGAUAUAAUGCCAAGAAGAGGUCUUGUUUUAAGCACAACAGCUACUCAAAUGGGAACAAAAGUUCAAUUUUCAUGCAACAAUGGAAAUGCAUUGAUUGGAACGCCUGAGAUAGCGUGCCUAGCAAGUGGAAAUUGGUCAUCGCCUCUUCCGAUUUGUGAAAGUGUUGAAUGUGGCGAAGUUCCGAUUCCACCUAGUCUUAAUGGUUCAGCACCACGUGUUGCAAUAAUAUCUCGUGAAGUUGGUGGACGAGCAGCUUUCUCAUGUCCACCUGGUCACGGCUUAAAAGGACCUUCAGAGACAAUUUGUUUGCCAUCUGGGGAAUGGGGUGGUCCUAUCCCAACAUGUUCAGAAGUGCAGUGCUUCCAUCCUGGUCAACCAUCAAAUGGCUACACACAAGGAACUCCACCAUAUAAAGCAGGUGAUGUAGUUCAAUUUAAUUGUAAUCCAGAAUAUAUGAUGCAAGGACAACCAAUAAUAGCAUGUCAAGAUAAUGCACGAUGGAGUGGACCAGUACCAAAAUGUGUUAGAGCUUGUUCAUAUCCAGGAACAGCAAUAAGUGGCCGAAUGUCUUCAGUAAAAUUUUAUUAUGCAAUUAGUGAAACUGUAAUUUUCUCAUGUGACAAUGGACUAGAAAUUCGUGGUCCAAAAAUGCUCAAAUGUAUGAAAGAUGGAAAAUGGAGUUCAUCCAUUCCCGUCUGUGUAUCACCUGAAGCUGAAGCUAGCUCGUCUGCAGCACGAAUUAGUAGGGCUGCAAAGAUCGAAGGAAGUUUUUGA